GCUGGUCCAGACCAGACAAAAUCUGAACCAAACAUAGAUGUCUAUGAUUGGUUCAGAUUUGGGUCAUGACCGGACCAAAAACCAAUGUCUGUUGGAUGUGGAAAUCAAGGCUGGUCCAGAACUACACCAAAAAACAGACAUCCAAAAGGCGUCAGCGUAUUCUUACUGAGGAGUAGCCUACAGUGUCGCCUGAAAUGUAAUGUGAUGAAUGCCCAUCUGUGGUUCGGCCUACUGUUUGUAAAACCCCAUAAAAAGACGUCCGUUCCAGACGGGACCAAAGAAAUAUGUCCGAAAGAUGUCGGCGUCGGUCCAUCCGUACUUACUGGGGGUGUAGCCUAAGGUGUCGGCCCACAAUGGAAUGUUUUGAAUGCCCACCGUUGAGGCUACAACCGAUAGAAAUCCCCACCCAGUUGACUGCUUUGAAUACUUUAAAAUGGUGGAAGCCCUCAAUGGCGCUGCAUAUGCUAAAAUCGCCUUUUGGCCACUAGAGCCCUCUAUCAAUUCUCUAUGGGUGUCUGACUUCCGGUAUACGUACAGUAUAUGUAUAUUUUGUGUUUUCUGGCGCCGCCUGGUGGCGGACCCACGCAAGUGACGUUAACGUGUGUGUGUGUGUGUGUGUGUGACGUCAGCGUGACGCGCCCUGUCUGCCAGCGGAGCCCGUAGAACAAGAUGGCGGACCCCUUAGCAGCGGCGCAGGGAGAGGAGACCGAACCGGAGAAAGAGGGCAGGGAGAGACGGUCGGAUGGAGGGAGUGAGAGCCGGGGGCCGAAGGAGACCUCCGAGGUGACGGAGACGCUGGGGUUUUACGACAAGAAGAAAGUCCGGAAGGACAAGAAACGGAGCCUGUCAGAUCUGUCCCUAGUGAGGUUCAUGGGGGCGGAGCUGACCCGAGGAUACUUCCUGGAACACAACGAGGCUAAAUACACAGAGAGACGAGAGAGGGUCUACACCUGCCUCCGCAUCCCCAAAGAACUAGAGAAGUUGAUGCUGUUUGGGUUCUUCCUGUGUCUGGAUGCCUUCCUGUACGUCUUCACUCUGCUUCCUCUCAGAGUUCUACUGGCCCUCGUUCAACUACUGACCCUACCCUGCUGUGGUCUGAGUGGGUCUCCUCUCCUCCAGCCAGCCCAGGUCUGCGACGUGUUGAAGGGUUUCAUCAUGGUGUUGUGUUACGUCAUGAUGAGCUACGUAGACUACAGCAUGAUGUAUCAUCUGAUCAGAGGACAGUCUGUCAUCAAACUAUAUAUAAUCUACAACAUGCUAGAGGUAGCAGACAGGUUGUUCUCUUCGUUUGGUCAGGACAUUCUGGACGCCCUCUACUGGACCGCUACAGAACCCAAAGAGAAGAAGAGAGCUCAUUUAGGAGUUGUACCCCACUUCCUCAUGGCUGUUCUAUAUGUCUUUCUCCAUGCUAUCCUGAUCAUGGUCCAGGCCACUACUCUCAACGUAGCCUUCAACUCUCACAACAAGUCUCUACUCACCAUCAUGAUGUCUAACAACUUUGUGGAGAUCAAAGGAAGUGUGUUUAAGAAGUUUGAGAAGAACAACCUCUUUCAGAUGUCUAACAGUGAUAUAAAGGAGCGGUUCACUAACUAUGUUCUGUUACUCAUUGUCUGUCUACGAAACAUGGAGCAGUUCUCCUGGAACCCUGAUCACCUGUGGGUGCUGUUUCCUGACGUCGUCAUGGUGAUAGCAUCUGAGGUUACCGUGGAUGUCGUCAAGCACGCCUUCAUCACCAAGUUUAACGACAUCACUGCAGACGUGUACGGAGAGUACCGAGCCAGCCUGGCCUUCGACCUCGUCAGCAGCAGACAGAAAAACGCCUAUACAGACUACAGCGACGCAGUCUCCAGGAGAAUGGGCUUCAUACCACUGCCUUUAGCACUGCUG